UCCGUGCCAGGGGGAGGUACCGGGAGGCGCCGCAGGCCCCGUCCCGCCUCCAUCGGCCGUCGCUCGGUUUUGUUUGUUUGACUCUGGGGUACAGCAGGAAACAAAACUAAAACCAACAUCCUGCCUCUCCCCAUCCCCCCCUGGCCCGGCGCUGGCCAGGGGGCCGGUACGGCCUCAGCUCCUCCCUGCUCCAAAUGGCGGACCUGGCUGCUGUAGAGACUUCCCCGACUCGUCUGGCAGAGAAUGAGUUAAUGUAGUCACUGGAAAAUUCUGGAUGGAAACCAAUGUGUUCUGGAUCAGUGGUUUGGCAAUGGCCAAAUGCCAGUUUUCCCGUGUUCUUGUGAACAGUUUUACAUACAGAACUGUCCUAGAAAUGCACCUAGAUAAGAAUGAACAGAAGAGAAGUACUGUGGUAGACACAGGCUUUGUGUCAUGCUGGUUUCCAGUUUAAAAACCAGUAGGCUGGCAAUUUUAAAGGAACAGCAGCAAAGUGAUGACCAGGUGCCAAGUGCCAGCUUUCCUUAUUCAUCAGAUUCAAGAAGAACUGGGUAAAGAAGAAGAAGAGAUGAUGGUUUUCCUGUGCCGAGACCUUGCUCCUGACUUGGCCAAUGCUGAUCUGAAAGAGAUCCUGCUGGCUUUGAAUGAGAGAGAGAAACUGACUCCUGUUGGCUUAUCUGAGCUGUUGUACAGAGUUAAGAGGUUUGACUUGCUGAGGAGGAUCCUGAACACUGAGAAGGCAACAGUGGAAGCUCACCUUGCCAGGAGUUUCAGACUUAUCCCUGAUUACAGGGUACUAAUGGUAGAGAUAAAUGAAAAUCUGGAGAAAGAUGAAGUGGGUUCUCUUGGUUUUCUACUCAGAGAUUAUGCACCUCGUAUGAAAAUGGCAAAAGAUAAGAGUUUUCUAGCUCUUAUAAUUGACCUAGAGAAGCUAAAUUUGGUGGCUCCUAAUCAGCUGGAUCUGAUAGAAAACUGUUUUCGAAGUAUUCACAGGAUAGACUUGAUUAGGAAGAUUCAGACGUACAAACGCAAAGCUUCAAUGUCCUCCGUUCAUUGUCAGCCAGUUUAUGUAAAUGCUCAUCCAGCCUCUGUCCCUAAUUUCAAUCUGAUUGAGCCUCCUUAUCAUUCAGGGAUUCAGAAUGAGAGCAUGAAAAAAUUACAAAAUGGAUCAAGUCUUACUCUGGCUGCAGCAGAACCGCUUCACUUGUCCAUUGAGGAGUCAGGAUCAGUGCCGCAUAAGAUGUCUGAUGAUUCCUACAGAAUGCAAAGUCAACCUUUAGGAAUAUGCCUGAUAAUAGAUUGUAUUGGCAAUGACACUGAUGUGUUGGAAGAGACCUUCAGAGGCUUAGGCUAUGAAGUUCAUUGUCACAGAUAUUUAAAUAUGAGCUCCAUGAAUCAAACAUUGCUUGAAGUUGCAAGGUGGCAGAAGCACAAAACUUGUGACAGCUUUGUUUGCAUAUUGGUCAGCCGUGGAAACUCUCAGAGCAUCUUCUGUACAGACCACACCUUUUCUGGAUUCCCUUUGGAACAAAUAAAGAAAUACUUUACAGCAGACUCAUGUCCUGGACUCCUAGGAAAACCAAAGCUUUUUUUUAUUCAGAGCUAUGUUGUGCCAGAAAAUGAGCAAGAAUGUACCUGUCUGUUGGAAGUUGAUGGCAAUGCUGAUAAUAUCAGAGCUAAAGUCACUAUUCCCCAUACAGCUGACAUCUUUUGGAGUCAUUGCAAGGUGGAUGUGUCUACACUAGAACAAUCCCCAACUGCACCCUCAAAAUAUCUACGCUGUCUGGCUGAGCUACUCCGUAAUCCUUAUAAAAGGAAACUCUGUAUAUUGGCUAUCCAUAUGGAACUUAACAAAAAAGUUUAUGAUGGGAAUAUGACCACUGACCCAAGCCAACAGUACUCACUGCUGCUCCAGCACACACUGAGAAAGAGACUUUUUUUCCCACUUGAUUGCUGUUAAAAAGUACAUAUCUGAAGUUUCUAACAAGAAGCAUUUGCUAUGAUGCAAAGUUUAAUGCAUACUUCUAUUUAUACAUUGUUAUUUCAUGUAUAUCCAAAGUGCCUGUUGCUUCCAAACAAAGGAAUUUACAAGCAUUUUAGUGUGCUAAGACACUAGAUUUUGUAUUUUAAUGUCAUAGUCUCUGAAAUCUUGGAUGAGAAUGGUAACUAUUGUAUAGCAGUGUAGCAUAUCUUGUUACAGAAUGCCACGGGUAAACAGACUGUAAAGAGAUCUAAACUGUAUAGCUGUUGGGUUUUCCAAGAAAAAACAGAAGUGUUUUUAUUGCUUCAUUGGUGGUUUUUAACAUACCUCCUAGCAGUUAAUAUUUGAACAAAUAUACUGAAAUGUAUUGAUUAUUUUCCCCUGCACCUAGUAGUGGCAAAAGGCUCAGGAAAGCAUUCCUACCCAGUAAUGCCAGAUCUUUGCUAACAAGUUCUGGCUUGCAUGCCUCUAUAGACUGGCAAAACAGAAGGGAGAGAAAGAUGGUCUUUUCAGUAAUCUGGAUUCCAUCUGGUUGCUGCAUUAAAGAUUCCAUUGUUAGAACUGUCCACUGCUCACAGGGGUUCUGUGUUAAUAAAUGAGACAGUCUGCCAUGCUUUGGGCCAAGGAUGUUUUCUGCUAAUGCAAAAAUGAGUGUACAUGUGACAGGACACUGCAGUCAUCUGCCAUACUGUUAAAAACAUGCAGGAUUUUGGCAGAUGUCUUGUGGAAGGCGAAACAUGAUUCACACUCAUUGUACCAGGCAUCGUUGUAGAAAAAUACUUCAAAAUGUUUCAAUUUAAAUGUAGGAUGUAGCAGCCAUUGGCCUUUAAGACUGUAUUAUGUUAAACACCUCACCCUUACUGCUUUUGCUUAUGAAAAAGAAUAUGCCUCUAUUAAUUCAUAUUUUUCCCAAGCUCUUGUUCUUGUGAAAAAAGAAAAGAGUAAAUUGUCCUAAAUACAAAAAUUUUUCUCCAAUGUAGCAGUUGCCCAACUAAAAGUUAACUGCCUUAAAGUUCAGUUAGCCUGCUUGUAUAACCUAGAUGGGUUGUAUUGAAGUUAUUGUCUCUGAACUUAGUGACAAUAAAGUAGGCCACUGCUAAAUA